AUGAGCUUUGUACAUCUUCUUGGCUUGACUAUCGCUCGAGACCGGGCGGAAAAGAACAGCAAAUAUUCCGAUCACAUUCGCUCAAGUACAAACGGACGUAACGCUUGUUUUCCGCGCCGAGUGCUGAUCACAGUGUUGUAUUGCGGUUGCUUUUUUUCUUUUGGAACCACAAUGGCUAUUUUGGGACCAACGUUGAUGGAGUUAGGCCAAUUGGUUCACCAUGGUCUAGAUAUGAUGAGCUGGUUGUUUUUUACUCAAGCGGCGUACGCACUGUUGGGAGCGAGCGUAGCGGGGAUUUUAUUGGACAGGUAAGAUUUCGGCCACAUAUUCUACGGAAAUUCGCUUUACUUCAAAGUUGAUAGUCGUUGAAGCAGACUUGGGAAUUACAUUUAAAGACUUUAGGGCCACCUUAAAGGGCAUAAUAAACAGCAACAGGGGGAAGGUAUAGUUACGGCUCAGUGGCUUUCAUUGACAAGUCCCUCUUUAGAUUUCAACCAGCCGUGAACGGCAUGAUAAUUCAUUAAAAUGUUAGCGAUUUAGAAUUCCUUCAACAUACUUAAAAAUUGCAACUACCUUGUAACGCAUAAUAAACAGUAGUACAGGAAAGUACUGCUCAGUAGCUUUCAUUUAAAUGGUCACACUUUAGGAUUUCAUCCACAGACUCACAAGUUAGAACCACCUUGUAAGGCAUAAUAAACAGCACCACAGGAAAGUACUGCUCAGUCGCUUUUGUUUGAAUAUGACAUAAGGAUUCUAUCAACAAUUAAAAGUAGAAAAAACCAAACAUCACCUAAACUUACGCCAAAAGGUUUUUUAAAAAAAAAAAAAAUGGCAUUAUGGGAAGCCUUCCCGGGAUGCAAGUCAGUUUUAAAUCUAGUGACAAGUAGAGACUCCUGCAACUAUGUGGUCGUAUAAAUAGUACAGGAAAAGUAAUGUUUUACAGUUUCCUUUUAAAGGUCACUCUUAAAGAUUUCUGCCGCAGAAUCAAAAGUUGUAACAACCUAGUAAAGCAUAAUAGUACAAACAGUAUCGCAGGACUAAGAGUUACUUCUCCGCGUUGCUCCUGUCCGCGUAGUACUUUUCAGUACGUGUUGUUAAUCCUGAAUGUCUACUAUUAAGGAUCCAAUUCACUAGUUUACUCAAGAGUUAGGCCCAGUCUCCAUAAAUCCAGAUAUUUUUGAAACCGCAGAUUUUUUACGCGUAUCGGCCUUCCGUCUACACGAAUCCAGUGAAUCCCCUCAACGAAAUGGCAUCUGUUUGAAGGUUUUUGAAAACGCUUUUUUGGGUACGACGGAGCGAAUUCGUGUAGACGAUUUGAACGGGAUGCUUUCGAUUUCAAACCCCUUGAACAGCGUUAAAUUUCAUUCACAGAUUCAAAAGCUAGAAGCACCUCGUACAGCAGCCAUAAUAAACAGUACCACGAGAAAGUUCUACUCAGUAGCUUUCAUUUCAGUGUUAACACUUUAGGUCUCAUUAACAGGCUCAAAACGUUACAUGAAAUGACGGACGGCCUCUUGAAGUUUAUAACUUAAGUUAAGUGGUCUCGAAUAUAGAACAUUUUGGCUUAUUAGUUUUAUCCAACACCUGUACGGUGCGCGGAUCAAGUUGUCUUCACUGUUAAGUGUAGCCGAUCUGGCCUUAAAUUAACUACCUGCUGUUCAACUGGUACCACAAACACAAAUAUUUUUUUUCUGUUUAUUGUCUUACUGUUUCUUUUGUUUGUCUGCAAACUGAUACAAGCAACCUGAUACAAACAUAAAGUAGAGAAAAUAAUAUCUCCAAGGGAAAAGUCGACAUAACUACCAAGACGGCUAUCCACGAAAUUUAACCCAAACUGGACACAUUUCAACAGAGGUGUAUAGAUGUCACAAUGGUAGGCAGGUUUGACCUGCUGCCGAGAUUACGGUGCUGUAGUUUACACUUCUCUGGCUUUACGUGGACACAACGAAGACUCUGGCUGAUCAAGGCUUGGACUUGAUGAAAGAAUUUCUGGCAUAAUUUUCAGCAUAGCGUAAGAACUCUUGUCGGUUUUCUGACAAACCGUCAUAACUGCACGUCAGACAGUCCGUCCAAGGGCAAAACUCUCGAGAUUUUUUUUUAUCGAUUUUUUUUUAGGUCUGGCACUGAUUUCAGUCGCUGACAAAUCAUUCAGAGGUUGAAUUGACAGUUGAGAGAGGUCAGCUCAACACAAGACAAGAAAUGCUUCGACAAGUCAUUUUCCCAGUGCUAUGGGAAAAUUUUAAGUCUUACGCUGAAGGUCGCGUCGAUGGACUACGACAAAUUUGCGCGCCUCAUUGUAGAACAAUUUUCGCUCAUUUUCUCUACUUUAGCACCUUCUUUAUGUUCGGUAUGUCAGUAGGAAUGGCUGGGCCGACUCUCACGGAUUAUUUGAUUUCAUUUUUUGAAAAUAUUGACAUAAUUGAUGCCCUCGCCUGGCUAUUGUUCACGCAGUCCACUUUCCGCUUCGUGGGCGCCAUUGUUGCUGGUUUCCUCGUUGACAGGUAAAACCGGUUUUUCUUACUUGGUCGCAGACUCAGCAGGUUUAAGAGUGAUUCUUUCUAGAUUUUCAUCUUUGAAAGCCCGUGAUUCCAAGUCUGCUUCUGUUGUUGCCUUAGUUCUGUACGCGUUGACCAUCUUUUUCAUGGUGUCCAGGAAUUACCCUAUACGAUAGACUAGCAUGCACUCGGGCAUCUAAGCGGACGCAUUACAUUUAAACCUCUUCAUUGUGUUUCAUUCUGAGAAAUCGAAUUAAGAUCUAGCCAUGCAAACUUCUUAGUAGGUUAUCUUGAUUUUCUUUUAAAGUGUCCCGUUCAAAUAGUAAAAUAAAAAAAUAAUCCAUAUAACUUAAUUGGCCAUUGACAAUAAGUGCGGACGACAAAUGUACGACGACUAUUCGCCUUGCGUGCUUGUACGCAGGAUUUUAGCCCGCGCACACCAGUGUAACGCAUCCGUGCGCACGCACGUUUAAGGGUGUAAACUGCGAUUUUAGUCCCACUUAGGGUGUACAGGACGGAAAGCCAAUGUAAUUCAAACUUUUAAGUCUGUGCAUGAAAUCCUAAAUUGUGACAUUCAAAUGAAAGCUACUGAGCAGUACUUUCCUGUAGUACUGUUUAUUAUGCUGUUCAAGAUGAUUCAAACUUUUACGUCUGUGCAUGAAAUCCUAAAGUGUGACCAUUCAAAUGAAAGCUACUGAGCAGUACUUUCCUGUGGUACUGUUUAUUAUGCUGUUCAAGGUGAUUCAAUCUUUUAAGUCUGUGCAUGAAAUCUUAAAGUGUGACCAUUCAAAUGAAAGCUUCUUAGCUGUGGUUUCCUAAAAUAAUUAUUUUACUUGUAAAGGAGUAUUUAAUGUACUUUUCUCUUUUCUCCUCAGAUAUGAUAUCAAUCGUAACUUUAUGCUUCUGUGCUUUCUGUUACUGAACGCUAUUUUUCUGGCCGUAAUUCCAAUAUGUCGGACAUUAUGGCUGCUCAUUUUGUCAACAGCGGCGGCGGGAUUCUCAGUUGGAAUUUUAGACACCGCUACUAACGUACAGCUUAUUGGGAUUCAUGGCAAGAAGGUAGAAUUGUCUUAUUUUUUAACAUGACGAGGUUUAAAAUCCCAGGAUAGGAAACUUACUAAACUGGCAGAGGCUUUCGCUUCUAUCACAGCAUCUUAGGUUAUCAAGUGUUGCACUCGACGUUUUGUCACCUGAUCUAUACUGUGAAUCACGUGACAUAAAGUCCCGAUAGAUCGCAGGGAGUUCGCAGCCGGCGUCCCUGUUCAAUGUUCCUUCAUUUAGAAUUCCAAUCUUUAAAACGUUUGCCUAUUCCUCGACAGCUUCAUGGAAUGGCCGGGUUUUUUCUCGCAGACAUUUUUCAAGAAACAGAACUUUUGUAAUCACCCCUCAUGUGGUAUUACCGUGUAUUCUGGCUUUUUUUGAUGCAAUAAUCGAGCCAUUUUGGUGUGAACUAGUACUCUUCCACCACGUGAUUUUCUCACGGAAACAGCUGAGUCCCACCGCGCGGUUGUCUUUGCGCGCCGUUAUUCAGCAUCAUUGCUGUUUUACGCUCCACGUCAACCAUAGAGUAAUAGUCAACAUCUUUCUAAUUUGGAUAACAAUAGCUGGUCAUGAAGAACUAGCUGGCAGAUUUAGGCAAACCACCAACGGGGAAAUAUUUUGAAUGAAUAGUAAUUACAGUUAUUUGUACGUAUAGAACGUUUCUUGCAUGAUAAUCAAACAGUUCCCGCUUAUAAUUAUUCCACACUUGGCUAAUAUUCAAUUUCCCUUUUAUUUCUGCUUCAGGUUUCUCCUUACUUACAGGUAAGAAGAAUUUGUCCAGUUAUUAUUAUUAUUAUUAUUAUUAUUAUUAAUAGAAAUUUGUAACGCGCAGUUUCUAUGAGAAUUUGCAACUGUGCCUAGUUAGCUUCCUUCCUAUUCGUAAAACAAGAUAUAAUUUUGUCACUGUUGUUAUUUUUUUCAGGCUCUUUAUUUUUCGUACGGCUUCGGUGCAUUCGUUAGCCCGCUAAUAGCAGAACCUUUUCUCAGUGGUACUCCCCAUCCAGAUAUUGGGCUGCCGGCGGCCAAGAGGGGGAAUCCGCUGCCCUACGGUGGAAUGGGGCAUCGCGGGCACCAUCAUUUAUCACACAGACCAACCAAUCACAUGAGAGACACUUUCUAUACUGAGCCAGAAAAAUAUAAGAGCGAAGUUCAAGUAGCUUAUUGGAUUAUAGCUUUAGCACAUGUAAGUUAUCAAGUUCUCGAGAUAAAAUGUCCUACAGUAUCUCCUAAAUGGCAGAAGGGUUUCUUAGUGAGCAAUGUGUAUCGAUAAAGUAACUGGAGAUAUUUUCUACUAUCAUUCGAUGCAAAUGUUUCUUCCUUUUCUUUGGCCGAGAACCAACCACUUGACCUGCAAAUAACUGCCUACAAAUAAUGGUCUUCUCAUGCGCAAUGUCGUCCAGCUAUGUUUGGCUGCAAAUAAUAUUCUGCUCAUUCGUAAAUAUGAAAGCACGCUUUUCUCCUUCUUGCGAUCGCUCUUGCGUGAAAAUGGCAGCCUCCCGAAGAUAUUUAUCAAAAAACAAGCUCGGUGACUGAAUGAUAAAGUGAAUUAUCCGUAAUUCACAAUCGCUUUUACACUCGACUUUCUUGAUGGAUAACUGCAUUGGCCAUUUUGAAGUUGCUCGGGAGACUGGGUCAGGUUGCAUUAUGGGAAUGUUUCGGGGAAGUUAUGGCUUCUUUUUUGGGGCUUACGAGGUUGCGCAGGGAACUGGGUCAAAAUUUUUCUCUUCAAAACAGUCCCAUGAAGCAUUUCGUCACAACACCUUCCCAGUCCUAAUUGAUCGUAACUUUAAAAUGUCCAAUGAUUAGAGACGGACAGCUCCCUAGAGACAGUUGAUUUAAAGGGUCUGCAACAAUACAGAUAGUUCAGGGGCACCCAACGACAAUUUUCGGAAAAUUAUCUGUUCGGAAGACGAUUUGAGAUCUAGAAUUUUCGGAUCAUUUUCUGUAAAAUUUCUUGCUUGCCUGCUUCUCCUAGGAUUUUCGAACAUCAAAAAAAUGGUAUAUUUGUCCAUUUUUAACGGAUUUUUACCCUAAAAAGGUCACCUAGAAUUUUCGGGAGCCUUUUUUCUGGCUGAAAUUUUCGGAAAGGUAAAUUUUGAUCCCUAUAAUUUUCGGAUCACUAUACUUUCAGCUAGGAAAUCCGAACAGAUGAAAAAUUUUCAGGGGAUAAAAAUAAGCCUUUAUCUACUGUUUAAAUACUAAAGUACGUUCAUAAUGCUAUGUUUAUGUGGUUUUGAACUAUAUUCUCGUUGGGUGCCCCUGAUAGUUACAGAAACAACACAACUUUCUUUAAUUUACGAGACAUUUUUCGACGAUACAUCCGCUGUCAUCAGUGUUGCAUACUUUUGCGUUAAAUUGAAAUCGCGGAAGAUGUUUUACAAAGUUUGUUACAUUGCGUUUUAAAUACUGCGUACUUAAAGUUUAAAAAAUUGACCUCAUCGGACUUAGUCAGAUAGUCAGGUUUAAGUGUCACAUCUGUUGAUUGAGUCCAGUUUCACCCCUUUUAUGUGCAUGGUUCUUUAAUCUUAACUUGAAACUUAGUAGCCGCCGAUUCGAGGAUAUCACUGGCAGUAAUCCGUUCGGCAGGACCGAUGUUCGACAGGAGUCUGCACUGUGCAGAUAUCUACUUAUCACAUACUAACUUGUUCCUGUUCCUAUAUAGUUACCAGUUGUUAUAGGUCUGGCAUAUAUUGUCAUAACAGACAAGUGGGAGGAGCAUAGAUUAAAAACUCAAGCUGCCAGCAAAGCAGAAAGCAAAGAUAGCACUUAUGAAAACCCAGAUGGAGAUAUAGAAGGUAAAAUUUUGCGCUUAAUUCGCAGAGAGGUUAGGCAAUCAAGAUAGACCAGCAAUUUUCAGAAUUUGCGCGAGAGACUUGCGAAAUGCCAGCGGCUAAUGCACAAGAUUCGUAAAGAAAUGUCCAUAAAUCUGCUUGAUUAUCGACUUCGCUCGCCAUGUGUGGUUCUUAUAUAGGCUUACGACUGCUCGCGGUUUAUAAUCAUGACGGUGUGUGAGACGGUAAUUUAACAGGAGAAUAACUUUUAUGAGUGAACAGUUCGCGAUAUACACCCUUGGUGAGUUCCAAACGAACAAUGCGAGAACACUGCUUUCCGGUAAAGUGUGAAGACAACCUAAAGAAAAAGCUCGGGGAACGAGGUUGAAGAGCAAAUAGGUUCAGCAAUCACAUACUAGUCACAGAAGUUAAAUUAAGACUUGCACGUAUCUUAUAGACAUUUUAUAUUGUCUUUUAGGUUUGCAGAACAAGGUUCACUUAGAUACAGAAACUCUAAAGCCUGGUCUGUGCGAUGACUCAACUAAUAAAACGCAGAUCAUGUGCAUCACAUUCUGGACAUCAUUCUUAGUUUUUCUCUAUGACGGAAUGCAGGUACUGAACUGAUAACUUGGUAGGAUGAUUUUGUAUGGAAAGAAAUUCAUCUAUUGAUCUUUGAAGAUGCGGUGCUGUGGUAAUAAGUAGAUUUUGCUGACUGGUUUGAGGGACUUUCGCGCCCAAAUCGUUCUAAAAAUAAUUAAAGUUGUCGUUGAAAACGCCGUGACAAGAGUACAUGAAAGAUGCUCUCUAGGUCAUGGACUCCUGGCCCAUCAGAGGAUAUUAAUCCCCAGGUUACAAGGGACGCCGGGAAAUAGUAGGGACCAAUCAUAUAUCUUCUCUUUUUACCUCCCCUUCUUAGGGUUCUUACGGUGGGUACGUUUAUACUUAUGCAGUCAAGAGUCCUUUGCGAAUGACGUCAGCACAGGGUGCCUUUCUUACUUCUGUAUUUUGGGUGAGUAUGUGCACAGGAAACCUUUCUUGCGUCUGUAUUUUGGAUGAGUAUUGGCACAGGAUACCUUUUCAGCUCCUGUAUAUUGGGUGAAUAUGAGCACUGGGUACCUUUCUUACUUCUGUAUGUUGGUUGAGCACAAGGUACCUUUCUUUACUUGUGUGUUUUUUUUAGAACUUUCUUUUUUGGAAAAGUCGGGAAAUGUUUCGUUCUUUAGGUAGAGAUCUCGACACAGCUAUAAGUCGAGAACUUAGAUUAUUUUCAUAAGUCAAGGUGACAAAAAAGUACUUCUCGGAUAUAAGGUCUAUAAACCGUUGUCCCUGUCUCACAACCCUUUUACAUAUAGAAUUCUGUUGGACGCUAAAGAACCCACAAGCUGUUCGUAAGGAGUAGGUGAUGUACGCCCUGGUGUGGUGGACUAUCUUUUUCGGGCCCGCAGUAAUUAGGAGUCGUACGCUGUUGCGGUGACCCUUCCAAAAUUGGCGAACCUGAGUAACUAAAGUACUUAAUUCAUUUCUUAUAAGUCGAUACUUUGUGUUAUAGGAAGAUAUCUUCAUAUCCAUUUCCUCUAGAGUGAUUCGCGAACAGACAUGGCCCGAAUGUCCUAUUUAUCAAUUUAUCUGUUACUUACUUACUUAAUUUUUUUUUGUCUUCAGGGUUCUCUCGCCUUGGGUCGUCUUGUUUCGAUACCUAUCGCUCUUUUCUUGUCUCCUGCAAUUAUGCUUCUUGUCGACCUGGUAGAUAGAUAGAUAGGUAGAUAGAUAGAUAGAUAGAUAGAUUUAGUUUUUAUAAUCACAUCGCAACCAAUAGCUUGAAUUAGAGGUUGAAUGACGCGAUAAUUUACGAAAUAAUUACGGUUACUUAAAAAUACUACCACUAAUAAGCUAAUCUAUAAAGAAAAAUGAAAGAAACGAAUAACAGAAACAAUACAUGAAUACAUUACAGUAAAAUUGUAAUUUGUUUAAAAAAAAUAAUAAAUAAAAGAACGACAUCGACAUGAUAAAAAACAAUCGAAACUUCUAAAAUUAUAGAUCGGGAACACAGUUUAAGCUUUUGGGGCGUUGGACGUAACAAAACUAUUCGUCUGGAAAAGGGGCCUAAAUUUCCGUGUGAUUCUUAUGUUCGACCUAGAGGUAUUAAAUACCUUAAUUAAAUCCGUAAAUUUCAUGAGAUCUUUCAAUAUCCUUCCUAAUAAUCCACACUGGUGGGAAAAAGGAAGGAAAAGGAGUGCUUCAAAGCAAAGCUAAAUUAACCAAAAAACCGCGAAAUGCAUGGGGAAACGUGCAAAGCGUGUUUAUAGCUACGUGAUCACGAAGGACGUGCAGUCCGUGCCAAUCGCAUGGGUAGUCAAAGAAAAACGUACAGAUCAUGAAAAAGCGAAAAAACACGAUGACAAGAUCGAGAAAAGAAAACAUAUAAAUGCCAAGUGAGAGGGAAAAUAAUGAAGUACAGGCGAUGCUGCGGUGGCCCACGCUAAACUUAAUAAAAACUAUAGAGUGUUUUCACAUGACCUCACGGAGGCCAUAUUGGUGUCCCAAAACAAUGGAACAGCGGCCAUGUUGGUGUCCCAAACCAAUCCUCUGGGAGUUGCACUCUUUUCUUAUACAAACUUUAUUAUUGUUCCAAUAAAUUUGCAUAGAUGCUGGCCACGUGAGUGAAAACACUCUAUUGUUUUAGCAAACUUGGUACUUAAAGACGCAAAUAAUGCGGUUUGGCCGCGCGUUAAACAAGUAUUAUGGACUCAAAAUUUGCUUUUUAAGAUAUGGUAAGACGGACAACAAAAACGUGCAUUUUGUUCCAGUCGCAACAUUGCUGCAAAACGCGUUGAAUAGCAAUGUUGAGAGUUUUACCACCCACGAAUAAAAUCUCCCUUACAACAAAUUAAGUGAGUGGUAAAACUCGAAAUAUCGCCUUUCAAUUGUUGCAAAACAAAUUGCACGUUUACGUUUCCCAUUUUACGGUAGCUUUACCCAAGAACCUAAAAGAGUUUUACCUCCCACGCGCAGUAUUUGUUUCAGAAACGAGUGGUUCCUAGUUUAGAACAGACCCAAAGACCAGAGAACGGUGACGGUUGUUACAAUGUCGCUUAAAAAGUGAAUUCGCGUUCUUUCAAUCUUGAAUGUUCAUUGCGAUUAUUGCAACUCACUUACUUUGUAAAAUGUAGGCGAACACUCCUGGAGUUGAGGAACCAUGUCCAAGUUCAGUAAGAGAAAGAAAAUUUCGUCGAAGCUUGUUUACGUCCUCCACAAAACGUGGAAUUAAGCAUUUGCACGUCGUAGUCGUGCACUGACGUCAAUGCAAUGUACAAAAAAGUGUGAUGCACGUGCAAAAUUUUUGUUUUGCUUAAUUGCCUACUCGGGACGAUUCGCAACGGCGAUUUUUAGCACAAAACAGCGUUGCAAUAUUGCGACAUUGAUUCAAAUGAUAGCAACAUUGUUUAAAUAUUGCAAAUGCUGUGUUGCGCAAAAAAUCGUCGUUGCCAAUCGUCCCCUGUAUAAACAUCACCUUAAAACCUAUUGCUCUUUUUUCUUACGUUUCUUCGUUCCCGUCGAUGUUUUCGUAUCUAAAGGCCCCUAACAAUCGCGUUAAAGGGAACAAUAGGAUCAUUGAUACGAGGAAAAAUAAGACGCGUCUUACAUAAGACGCGUCUUAAAUAAGACGCGAACUUUCCGUAUAAUGUUUGUUGCUUAUGCAAAUACUAUUGUUCUGUAAUCCUCAGCGGGAUUGAAAAUGUCAAAUAUCGUCAGGAUUAAACAAAUUAUUUACGUCGAAAAUUAUUAGGAUUAAACAAACGAUUUUUGAUUGCUUGUUUUUGUGGGUUUUUUUCCAGAUUGGUUGCUUGGUUUCUAGUUUAUUAAUGUUAAUCUUUAGAGCAAGUGAGUCUGCGCUGUGGAUGGGGACUAGCACAUUUGGUCUUUUCAUGAGCAACGUGUUUCCCACAAGUGUGGCACUAGCUGAGCAGUAUUUUAAUGUUACAGGUACCGUAUGCUUAAGUAAUAGUGGGUGUUGCAUUUCCCCAGACAGUUUCCGUACUGGAACGCUGACCCAUUUUGGAGUCAACACGGUAAAGACGGUUGAAGACUGGCAGCAUUGCACCACCGUACUUGGGGUUGGGUCACCCUAAACACAGAAAAAUUCAGUAUCUCUGUCUCUACAAUAUGGAUCAUCUCUUGACAAAAUGAUCUUGAAACUGGGGGAAAAUUCAUAGUACUGUAAUAAUUUGUAAAAUAUUUUUAAAAAAAAACCGGAGAAUGGUUAUAGGAAGAAGGGACCUUUGCAAAAAGUUCAAAGAUUAACCUAUUUGGAAAAAGUUAAAAUGGCAAAUGGUUUGGUUACAUGUAUACUGGAACUGCACUUAGCUUUCCAGCUAGUUUACAGGCACCGCACGCAAAUUAUUGGAAAGAAAUGGUACAAAUAUAACUUAACAUGAUCAAGGACCCCAUCUUUAGUUAUAAAGAUGCUAGUUAUAAGCAUGAUCCGCGAUUUGAUCUAGAAUCGACCGAGAAACAAAUCAAGUAAGCUGUCAUAGCGGGACGCGAACCAAGGAUCCCCAAAAUGCAAAACGGACGCACUGGCUAUAAUCAACCACGACAAGUGCCAGCGUAUCUGUUUUUUGGCUUUGUCCUCUAGUUGCUAAUCCUCAUUAAUUGUCCUGUAUGUGGAGCCAUAACCCCGAGUCACAAUACGACAGCAUUCCCGACGUUAACGGUCGGCUAUUCCCCGCAAACAGAAAGUUAUCUUCAGUCGAACCUGCCUUAACGGACACCUUCCCUAAACGGACAAUUUUUCUGAUUCCAUGGGUAUCCGCUUUCGAAGAGGUUCCAUUGUAUCAACACUCUAAUGCUAUACACAUUGCGGACCUAUUCUGGACCUCUUGCUAACCUAGCCUAUAUUCGCACUAUGCCGGCUAGCUUUUGCGCCGGUACGAAAACCAUACCGAAUAGGGCUUUUAACACAUGAGAACGAUGAUUUUCGCGCGAUUUCUGUAACAAAGCGAAACUGCGCCGUGCCGGUCUCUAAGGUGGAGAGUCAAAUAUCUAGGUGUUGAUACUAUAACGGAAACUGCCUCGUACCCAGACGUCUCUCUUUUGAUGAAAAUGUGCGCGCAAAGGAAGGCGGGAAGGAGACAACGGGCUUAGCCUGUCGUCUAUACCCUUCCCAUGGUCCUUUGCGGCUCAUCACCAGUCACUCGUUUCGCGCUCGCCUCUGCCAUGCGAAAAACGAAGCGCCUGAGGAGGAGGCUGCCACGGAAAGCUACUCGGUAUUCCUGGUUUGCACGUGACGUCACGGCGGCCAUGUUGGUGGUCAAGAACAAAAGCAUUUCUCUCCUCUGAGAACUAAACUCUAUUUUCAUGUAAAUUCUUCGAGGAAAUAUUCUUUUGUUUUGACCCCAAAAAUGGCCGCCUUGUCACGUGGUUGCAAACCAAGAAUAGUCUGAACAUAACCCAAGAGUUUGCUGUACUUACGCACUUGUUAGCAUAGAGCCUGUUAAGCUUUAUCCUUAAAAACCCGCUGCUUUAAAGCUCACCAUCUUUUCCUCUUCCGUUUUUAGGUACAGUGACUUGUAUGUUUGUUGUAAGCGCCGCUAUUGGAGAGAUGAUCAUACCACUCAUCGUGGGCAAAGUAUUCGACUAUGUGGGGGCGAUAAGUUUUCUGGCUGAGGGCUGCAUUCUCUGCUUCGCUGCAUUUGGCGCUUACCUAGCAGUAUUAAUUAUUGGAAAAGGAACAGCGUCUCACGAGAGGAAAAGAGAAGGUAUAAAUGUAUAUUGUUUAACCCCUAAACAUCGAGGGGUUCUAAGGUCUCGCUUGGUCAGCCCCCGCGCGUUCCGGUAAACUCGUUCCCAGGGACUUCCACGCCACACCCAUUUUCUGAGGGAACAGCCCUGGGAACGAGGAAGUAUUGGAAGAAUUGGUUUUUUGGGAGACGGUACACUCACAGUAGUCCGAGAAAACAGCCGACAUUACGUGUUGCCACCAUUGUUUUCCCAACGAAAUGACGUCUGAGAAACGAGCGCAGAAAUUCCAUACUGAUGACGCGUCACUACUCAGAUCUGGGUAGUGCUUCUAAUUGGUUGAUGCAAAUUUCUCACGCUACACCUUGACCAAUCAGAAGUACCACUCCGAUCUGGGUAGUGAAGCGUCAUCAGUAUGGAAUUUCUGGGCUUGUUUCUCAGUCGUCUAUUCGCGGGGAAACCAGUGGUUGUGCAGUGCUGCGAAAUGUCGGCUGUUUUCUCAAGCUAAGAAGACGGAGGAAACAAAGUAUCAGAGAAAAACUUCUCGGAUCAAGGAUAGGAGCUCAUUAAUGAGCUUUUGACAAACGGAAGAAGACAAAAAACAACCGAUGGCGGAGACGAAUAGCUUGACGUCGCCUUCGUGAUAUACGAACCCUGGAUAGCUUAUUGAGAGGGGAGUGGUCUCACUAAUGCGCGACACCAGUCUUCUUCACAGGACGGCACUUCGACAUAUCGCGCGGGGCGAAGUGUAUGAAUGGAAAUAAGUGAAUCAGAAGGCAUCAUGGGAAGGAGAAGAACGGUGGCGACGCACUGUCCCCCUACUUUCUUUACCCCCACUGUACUUUGUAAAAAAAAAGGGGAGACGUCUAAUAACCAAGCAGGCGCAACCCAACACUUCCCCCUUUCCCCUUCGGCAAUCCUCACACUUUUAGAGAUGAAAAUUCAAGAAGAGGAUAAAUCCCGCCUUGCAGCAAGGACUGUUUAUCACUCUACUCAAGUUUGCUUUCUAGCUAAUAAAAACGCUAUUUCUAAUACGUUUUCUUUUUUUUUCGUCACAGUAAUCGGAGCAGGCAACGUGGAAGUGAAAAACGACGCUGAUGCUCAUGCAGAAAAAGAUUCUGAGCAGCAGGAAAUAUCAGAGGAAAAAUCACCCAAGAGAUGA